AUGUUGCAACAACUUUUAUUUUGGAUCAUUAAGAUUCCAUACACGAUUCUUAGCUUUUUGAAAAAGUUCUGCUUACGCGAACGCAAACGCUAUCCACCAGGACCUUUUCGGCUUCCUUUCAUAGGAAGUCUGUGGCGGCUUGGGAUUCGUUUGUCGGAGAAGACUUUCAGAAAGCUGGCAAAACAAUAUGGGAACAUUUAUUCUCUGUGGAUAGGGAAUCAACAUGCUGUAAUCCUCUCGGGAUACAAAGCUGUGAAAGAAGGAUUGAUUGACAAUUCGCAAGCCUUUGUUGAUCGUCCACCCACACCUUUUCUUUCCGUUCUUACCAAAAACAGAGGUAUUGCCUUCUCACAUGGUCAUGUCUGGAUGCAACAAAGACGCUUUAGUGUUAUUACCAUGAGGAAGCUGGGACUAGGGAAAAGGGGUCUGGAAACUCAAAUCCAAGAGGAGGCUCAGCACCUGGUGGAAUUCUUUACAAGUACAAAGGGGCAGGCCUUUGAUCCAGCAAUACCCAUCACAAAUUCAUUCUGCAACACUAUCUGUGCUGCAGCUUUUGGAUAUAGGUUUUCCACUGAUGACAAGGAGUUCCUGGAGUUGAUAGAAGCGGUCAGGGUUACCUUAAAAUUUGCAGGCAGCAUAUGUCAUGCUCUCUAUGAAGUUUUCCCACAUAUCAUGAAAUAUCUGCCAGGUCCUCACCAGACUGUCAAAUCUGCAUGUAAGAGAAUUAUUUCUUUUUCAAGGAAGCAGGUUAAACAUCAUAAGGAGAAUCAGAAUCUGCACGAGCCACAGGAUUUUAUUGAUUUCUAUUUGUUUCAAAUAGAAAAAAGCAAGGACCAUCCCAAUUCUACCUAUAAUGAAGACCAAUUGACUCAUUGCAUUUUUGACCUCUUUGUUGCUGGGACAGAUACAACUUCAUCUUCUCUGAAAUGGGCAUUGCUGGUAAUGGCAAAUCAUCUGGAUGUUCAAGAUAAAGUCCACAAAGAAAUAAAAGAAGCUUUGGGUUCAUCUCACUCAAUCUGUUAUCAAGAUCGGAAGAAAGUGCCCUACACCAAUGCUGUGAUUCAUGAGAUCAUGCGAAACAAAUUUAUCUUAUUAUUUGGCUUACCAAGACAAUGUGUGAAAGAUGUCUAUGUGGAUAAUUUUCUCAUUCCCAAGGGAGCCAUUCUCACCCCAGACCUGCGUUCUGUUCUCUUUGAUCCUGAACAUUGGGAGACACCCGACGAGUUCAACCCCAAUCAUUUUUUGGACAAGGAAGGAAAUUUUGUGCGCAAAGAUGCAUUUCUUCCCUUUGGAGCAGGAGCUCGGGUCUGUCUGGGGGAACUCCUUGCAAAGAUUGAGAUUUUCAUUGUGUUCACCAGCCUGCUGAGAGAAUUUAGGUUCCAGCCACCAGAAGGAGAGAAAAAACUCAGUCAAAAAACCAUAAUAGGCUUGGGUGUGAAUUGCCUGCCUUACAAGAUUUGUGCUCUUCCAUAUAACAAUCAAUCAUAA